CUUCCUGAUAUGCUAUGUCAGGCGGUAUUUGAAAUAUAGUAACAAAAGAAAAAAUGUACUAUGUCGAUACAUAAUCUUUCCUUCCCAUUUAUAAUGGCCUUGACACCUUUCUGAUAGCCUGAGGAAGAUCAGGAAUGCCCUAAACCUCAGGUAGAGACAUAUAUACCAUGGAGAUUUUUCAGGUCACCAAGGAAAAGUGGGGUUCUGAUUCCAAGAGAUUCACAAUAAUUUUUGUUGUGUGCUGUAUAGUUUUUCCUGGGUCAAUUAUGGUCUCUAUGAUGUAUAGAAACUCAAUCUUUGAUCUUAGUCAAGUCUCUGAAGGAAGUGCUCAAAAUUCUACUGCUUUAGGAGUUGAUUCAAGAAAAGAUUCCACUGUACCUGCAAGCAGUCAUGAAGGUAAGAUUCUUCCAAAUGGAACUUCAGAACCAGAUUCAACAAAUGUUUUAUCUGAACCCACCAGAAAGCCUGAUGAAGAAAUGCUAAAUGGAACUUUAUUUCCUGAAGUUGGAAAUGGAUCAGGUUCAAAAAUGGAGCCCUCUCAGUUUACAAGCCUGGCUAGUGAUAAAUUGCUUGAUGGACUCGUACCUCCUGGUUUAGAUGAAAGAUCCUGUUCAAGCAGAUAUCAGUCUAUCCUAUAUCGAAAAACUUCACCCCGUAAACCCUCGCCUUAUCUCCUUUCAAAACUACGCGGAUAUGAAAAACUUCAUAAACAAUGCGGACCUUACACAAAAUCCUUCAACAGGACAUUAAAAAGACUUGAUGCGAAACGAACAAGCAGUCGCAGUAAGUGUAAUUACAUUGUCUGGGUACCUGCAAAUGGCUUGGGGAACAGGAUAAUAAGCAUGGCUGCAACCUUCCUAUAUGCUCUACUAACAAACAGAGUGCUUCUUGUUGAUCACGGACCAGACAUGGCUGAUCUCUUCUGUGAACCGUUUCCUAAUACCACGUGGUUAUUGCCCAAGCACUUUCCUCUCAGGAACCAUUGGAAAAUGAGGUACGCUAAUAGUUUUGGAACCAUGUUACAAGCUGGCACCAUAAAUAUGACAAUGGACUCACCUCCAUCGCAUCUGUAUCUUAAUCUAGAUCAUAGUACCUAUGAUCUUGACAAGAAGCUAUUUUACUGCGAUGAAACCGAAGCUUUUCUCAGGAAAAUCAAUUGGCUGUUUAUGUUGUCAGACCAAUAUUUUGCACCUUCUUUCUUCCUCAAUCCAUCUUACAGGGAAGAGGUAAGUAAAUUAUUCCCUGAAAAGGAAACUAUUUUCUAUCACUUGGGUCGCUACCUUUUUAAUCCCUCAAAUCAGGCAUGGGGUCUAAUUACCAGAUAUUUUGAUGCAUAUCUUGCCAAGGCAGAUCAAAGGGUUGGCAUCCAAGUAAGAGUAUUCAGACCUGAAAGCACUCCAUUUCAAACAGUUUUUGAUCAAAUAUUAGCUUGUACUUUGAAAGAAAAGAUCCUACCAGAAAUAGAAACACAAAAACCUGAAGCUUAUUCCCAAUCAAGAAAUAAGACCUCAAAAGCGAUUCUAGUAACAUCUUUACAUUCUGAGUUCUAUGGAAAUUUAAGUAGUCUGUAUUGGACAAGAGCAACUGCAACAGGUGAAGUUAUUGGGGUUUAUCAGCCGAGCCAUGAAGAGUAUCAACAUUUUGGAGAUAAUGUGCACAGCAUGAAAGCAUGGGCUGAAAUAUAUCUGUUAAGUUUAAGUGAUGUUUUGGUGACCAGUGCUUGGUCUACUUUUGGGUAUGUAGCUCAAGGUCUAGGAGGUUUAAAGCCAUGGAUUCUGAAGAAGACAAAUAAAGAUAAAAUCCCAAACCCACCUUGUAUGAGAGACUUGUCUAUGGAGCCUUGUUUUCACUUCCCUCCAAAGUAUGAUUGCCAAGGAAAGCUGAAGUUUGAUACCAGUGCCCUUCUUCCUUGUUUGAGACAAUGCAAGGACCUAGCUUCGGGAGUCAAGCUGGUUGCGGAUCACAAUGAGCUAUAGACGGACAAUGAAAGUUUGUCAUGUUUGCAACUCAAAUUGAUCUUUAGCCAGCAGAGUUGAAAAGUUGUUUCUUUUGUAAUGAAUUUGGACAUCUAGUCUAGUGUUUGUAAAGAGUUUCUGCAGGUUCUUACAGUAGCCCUUGUGCCUCUUGCAAAGUUGUGAGAACUUAAAGAUGGAUUCUGAUCUUGAUUAGUUAUAGCAGAAAUCAUUUAAUAAUCUUGUUAUGGAAAACCCCAUAAAACAAUAUCCAUAUUCUGCAUAAUUUGGAAUGUUAA